AUGCAGCACGCCAGGACUCGCUUUAAGUCUUUGCUGGAUCAGUUUCAGGAAGCGCUUGACGACCGCCUUGCGCACGUUGCAUGCAAGCGGGCGCACGACGAACUGAGUCAAAAGCUGACUGGUGCCCUUGUUGAUGGCAAGACCGUAUCUUUCGAGGAUGAGGGAGCCCUUGGUGCGUACACGCUGAAGAGGUUGCGUGCGAGAAGCCGCGCGGUCUUCGAAGUCCUCCUCGCGGAGGACUCCGGUGAAAUCUUGCACUGCUUGCUGCGAAAAUGUUCCGCAGCGACCCAGGAAUGUCGACAGCUUCGCAUUGCCAGCCUGGGCGGUGGACCCGCUUUUGAUGUGGUCGCACUCCUUGCGACACUGGAGUCGCUGGCUGAAGCCAUGUCUCAGGAGCCAGCUGUCAACUCGGAGGGUUUUGAUCGCUGUGAUGACUUGCUUUGCGGCAUCCGUUGCACGGUCUUAGAUCUGGCCCCUGCCUGGAGCUCAGCAGUUGCUGCAGUGGCGGAAGUGUCAACCGAGAUUUGGCCUCGUCAAGAGGCCGAGUUUGUGAAGCUCAUCGCUCCAGUGGAUCUCCGGUCUUCGGACUGCUGGGAGAUCAUCGAUACAGUCUGCAAGGCUGACAUUGUGAUCGCAUCCUAUGUCUUGCAUGAGAACGAAGCGGCAAUCCUCAGCCAGAAUAGGCUGCAAGGAGCCUUCCCACAGAUCUUCCAACACCUUCCGGUUGGUGCGCCCAUGAUCUUCCUGGAUGCCACACAUCGUUUGUGGCCGGUGCUGGUACAGACAGCUGAAGAUGUUAUUCCACAUGAGGAAUAUUUGAAGGCUAUCAUUCCCGAUGGCAUGGCCUCCCACAUCCAUGCGGCUCUUCUGCUCAAAAGCAUCGGAUUACCCACGCGGCCUGGCCCCACAAACUGCAGCGCCAUGGAGACUUUUGCUGCUCAUCAGCAGGCCAACCAGGGAGAUUCCAUGACAAGUGUCGUUCUGGGCAUGUUCUGGGCCCCGAGCGGCGUGGUGCACCUGCACAACUGGGAAGUCGAU